CACACACACCCACCGUCCUCCUCCAGCAGGGAAGCAGCGCCCAGCAGACAUGAACCUCCUGAUGGCGGUGAUGUUGGUGGGUGUGGUGGCCGCGAGGCCCGGCCCCCUGGCGGACCCUCGCCCAGGACCUCUCAUCGGUGGCUUGGGCCUCGGCUACGACCUCGGCCUCAACGUCGGUCUCGGCUACCACGUUGGUGUCGGUCUCGGCCACGGCAUAGGCGGUCACGGUCUCGGCCUGAGGUUCGGAAUCGGGUACCACAUCGGCGUCGGAGGCGGCAUCCGGGCCGGCGUAUACGGCUAAGACGUACAGCAUCGCAGACCAACACUACCUUACACUUGUACCCAAGAGUCGGACGCCAACUUGAACUGUUGUAAAAAUAUGUCUAAGUCAUGUGUCACCAUUCAAAAUGGCCUCAGGAAAAAUAAAUCCCCCAUCAACAUGUAA